CAUUUUUCAAUCACGUGAGAAGUGCAUCCAAUACAUUCACAUGUAAACAUGUGACAAGAAAAUUCUGAAUGUUAAACUGAUACGUAAUACCAGUCAACAGUGACAUAUUCAUAUUUGAUUAUAGAUUAAUGUGCGCAGUAAUAGUCAAAUACAGUACAGUGACAAACGUGAUUAUACUUAUAGUAUAGAUUCAUGUGCUUUUAGUGCUCAAGUUAAUAAUUAAAAGAAUUUAACUAUAACUAUGUCUCAAGUUCGGAAAGCACUAGAUUUCUCCAUUCCAGUUUUAAUAAUUAUUGUAAUAUUGUCGAUGAAUCGGAUAACUGUGGGCCACACUCUGGCGGAGAAAUCGAGAAGAACUAUCCAUUCUUUUGAUAUUAAUGAUGAGAAUAAUAAUACUAUCACCAAAGGUUCCAAGCCAAAUUUCGUAAUUAUGCUAAUGGAUGAUGUAAGCACAAUAUAAAUAUAAUAUGAUAUGUUAAUUACUUGUACUUAGGCCUUAAACUUUGUCUUUUAAAAUAAUUUUAUUUUUGAAGGAUCAAAAUCAAAGUAUUAUUAUUAUAACUAUGAAUAAAAGUAUGAGUCAACAUUUUUAAUGAAAAGUAAAAAAAAAUAAAAAAUAUACCUAUGCCACUUCAAGACUGAAUAUAAAAAGAAAUAAAGACAAAUAUAAAUUAUAUUACUAUUGACUAUUCUAAUUCUGGUAAAAGUAAAAGGGUUAGAAAGCUGCCACCAGCCAGGGCAAACCCAGAAAGGGUGCCCCAACCCCCAUUCAUUAAAUGAUCUACCUUAUAUUAUAUUAUAUUUAGUAUAGUAAUAGUAUAUGAAUUGGUGUGGCUAGACUGUCUGUUGCACAGAGUCAAACCCCUCACAUUCAUAAAUAUAAAAUAGGGCUGCAGGUGGGAACCACUGACCUCUCUUCCUAUGCUAAAGGCAAAGGAUAUAGGCCCAUAUAUAUAUAUAUUAUAUAUAUAGCAUCUGCUAUAGGGACCAUAUCUCCAAUGAUGCAGUGACAGAAAGGGUUCAUCAGGCAAUUGGGGAGUACAAUGACCUACUGGUGGAUGAAAAAACGCCAACUACAAUGGUACGGCCACGUAACAAGGAAACAAGGGCUUGCCAAAGAAAUAUUGCAGGGCACCGCAAGAGGAGGGAGAAGAAGAGGAAGACAAAGAAAAAGAUGGGAGGAUAACAUCAAAGGGUGGACAGGACUAACACUGGGCGAUGCAGUGCGUAGUGCUGAAGACAGAGAGGAAUGGAGGAGGAUGGUUCAUAUGUCAUCUGUGGCGCCCCAACGGUCCAAGGACUAAGGGAUAUGAGGAUAACAUAUAUAUAUAUAUAUAUAAAUGAAUUAUUUUGACACCUGUGAUGAGGGGCAGCUGCUUUCUUUGACACAUUGACACACACCUUUUUUUCACACUCCCUUGAUAGACCUAGUGCAUGGUUUCACUGACAUUAAACUAUAGUAGUAGUAGAGUCAGAGGUUAGUGUCAAUAUUUAAUUUCUUUAAAUCCUCCCCCCCCCCUCACUUGUUUUCUCCUAAGUUUGCCUUUGUAAUGGAAUUGUGCUGUUUUCUGUGUCAUGCUAGAUGGGUUGGGGAGACCUUGGCAUAUUUGGAGAGCCCAACAAAGAAACACCUAAUCUUGAUAAAAUGGCUGCUGAUGGAAUGUUAUUUCCAGACUUCUAUUCAGCAAACCCUCUGUGUUCUCCAUGUGAGUAAUAUUUAUAUAACUUAACAAAUAUACGGUAUAUUCGAAUUUUAAUUUAUUAAUGGUUAAUAUUUUUUCCUCUUAUAACUUAUAAUCACUUUUUCAGCUCGUGCAGCUCUCCUUAGUGGUCGUUUACCCAUAAGGAAUGGGUUCUACACAACAAACAUGCCAGGACGUAAUGGUAAGUAAGAGUAAAAAAAAUGUAAUAGUCAUUUCAGAAGUUGUUAAAGAGUAGUUUUCAGAACCAAAUAAUUUAUAAUCAUCAGCAUUUGAAAAAAAUCUCAAAAAUAGUUUGACUGAUUAAAUAUUUAGUUAAAUAUGAGUGUGUGAUAAAUUCAAAAACAAAAAUUAAAUUAAUGGCAUUGAUCUCAAAAUUAAUUUUAUUAUAUUUAGGAAGUUUUAAGUCUAUGCUAUACUGUUCACUUAAAAUUUUAAUAUCAAAAUUUGUAACAUGGUUGAUUUAUAUAUUAUUGGCUAUAAUAAAUCUUUGCUUUGUAUAGCAUACAUUUUAAGGUCACAACAACCUUUUUUUUCUUUUUUGUGUAGAGAAAUAAUAUAACCUUUUUUUUUUUUUAUUUCAGCUUACACUCCACAAAAUGUUGUUGGUGGUAUCCCAGACCAUGAGAUCUUGUUUCCUGAGCUUCUCCAGACAAAAGGGUAUCGCAAUAAAAUUAUUGGCAAAUGGUGAGUUUUGAAACGAUUGAAUUUUGGAUGUUCUUUUUCCUUAAUGGAGCAAUAAAAUGUAUAUGACCAGAUGAUAGUCUUUAAAUCUUUAAAAUUGAUCGUUAGAACAAUGUGUCACCUUUGAAAAAACUCUUUUAUAAUUAUUACAAACUCCAAAAUUGCUUUGAUUCUGCUUUAUAAAAGCUGUUUAUAAAAUUAAUAAUUGUGAAUCUACUUUGAUAAAAGCUAUUUAUAAAAUUGAUAUCAUCUCAUGCAUAACUCCAAUUUUAUUUUUAUUUGUUACCUGAGUUAUUUUUUUCUUUGUUCACCCCUAAGAGUCUAAGAGAAGAUAAAUUAUGCGGGGAAUUAUUUAACAUUUCAUAUCAAAAACAUGUCUACAUUAUACCACUAUUUAAAAAAAUAUAUAAUAUGUAAAUUGAAUUUAUACUAAUAUUAUAUUAAUUUUUUUGUUGUUUUACUGAUGAAGGCAUUUGCCAAUAUUUUUGCAUAUUUCAAUGUAACCAUAAUUAAAGCUUAACCUGUGACCUAUAUUGUUUUCUUUCCACAAAUUUUCUGAGUCUCAUUAAACUACUUAAAAACAUUUCUCAUUGUGUGACUGUUUAGAAAUAACUAUACAAAUUUUGUCAACGCAAUUUGAAAAUAUAUCAUUAAUAUUACAUUUUUGAACAUUUCAGGCACCUUGGUCAACAACCUCAGUUUCAUCCACUGAAACAUGGAUUUGAUGAGUGGUUUGGGUCGCCAAACUGCCACUUUGGACCAUAUGAUGGUAAAACAAUCCCAAACAUUCCAGUUUACAAAGAUGCAGACAUGGUUGGCAGGUAUGUUGGGAUUAAAAGCACUGUUGUACUCCUGUUCACAAUGAAAUUUGUGAGAAAUAAGAAAUAACUUUAUUAAUAUUAUUAUGGCCAUACAUUAUGCAUAUUCUUAGUUUAUUUAUGUUAAAAGUGAAUUCAUUUUUUUUUAACAGCUAAAUCAUACUAAAUGGAGUAACAAUUAACCAAAGCCAUCUCAUAAUUAUAUUAAAAAAAAUAUCUGAAGCAUUUUGUUCCAAUGCAUUUAUCUAACAGAUACUUUGAGGAUUUUGUUAUUGAUGUCAAAGCUGGAGAAUCUAAUUUAACUCAAAUGUAUAUCCAGGUAAUUAAUUUAUUCAUGCAGUCACUCAGAUACCGGUAAUAUAGACUUAGGAUGAAUUUGUUUCAUUUAUUAGUUGUUCCCAAAGGCAAGGAUGUGGAACAGUGUUGCGGCUUGUUCUGAUGGUCAAAACUUGAUCCUUUUUUUGGAGAUCAGGAGAUACGCAUAUAAAUUAUUAUGACAGUUGUCUUUAACAAACAAAAAAUAGAAAACAUUUUUAAUGUGUACAUUUCUGGAGAAUGUUGUUUAAUAUCCUAUCACUUACUUGGCCCUUGAGGGUUGAAUGAUGUGUGUCUGUCAAGCUUUGAUUCUCUUACCAUCAUGGGCGGCCGCAGGUAGGGGCAAGGGGGGGCACUUGCCACCCCCUGGAUUGAUUGGAUAAAAAAUUUUUAGACAAAAAAUUUAUUAAAGUAAAGAGAAAAUAAAGAGAAAGUAACUAAGAACUAAGCUGAUGUCCGUUCGUUCACCAUACAAAUACGCUACAGUAAAUUAAAACUAUAUUAAAACAAUACUAAAAUAUUUUUGUCGUUCCCCCCCCCCCUGGAAAGUUAAUCGAUUUUGUUGUUCCCCCCCCCCCCGAAAGUUAAUCUAUUUUUUUUUUCCCCCCCCCCCCCCACCUAGAAAAUUUUCUGCGGGCGCCCAUGCUUACCAUCGUAGUACAAUGAGAACCUCUUGCAGCUCUGUGAAAAAUAAAUGUCAAGGACAAAUGGGAAAUAAUAGCACCAAAAAACCUUUAGUACAGAAAUUGAGCCUCACUGAUAUGUUUAAAAAACAAAAUUGUUUUACCAACAGGAAGCUGUAACAUUUAUUGAGAAGCAAGCCAAGAGCGGUCAACCGUUUUUCCUGUACUGGGCGGUGGAUGCAACACACCAACCUUUGUAUGCCUCUGCUGCUUUUCGAGGAACUUCAAAAAGAGGAUUGUGGGUACCAUUCAUUUAACUUUUUAUUUUCAUUCUCUGCUACCGGUACAUCUGUUUUUUAUCCAAAGUAGGUCAUUAAUUUACUUUAACUUUAACAUGUAAUUAUUAUUUCAUUAUUAUUGCUACUAAAAUAAUUAACUUGGAUGCAGGGUGGCAGAGUGGUCUAAAUUGACUCACUCCAAGUAGUGGUGGUCUGAGUUCAAUCUAGCCAAAGCCAACAUCCCAAGCACCCGGGGGGGGAGGGGUGCGACUCCUUAGCUUUGGAAUGCAACUCAUCUAAGAGAAGGCUAACUCUGAAUUCAAACCAGGAGCCAAAAUGAUCAAUAAAUUGAUUGUGGGCCUUCAAAUAUGAAGAAAAAAAACAUUGAUUCAAAGGCUUUGGCCCCCAUAGUUGUUAAUAUCCAAGGACUAUAAUAGGUUUAUAAUUUAAAAUACAUACAAUAAAAAAAAAAUGAAAUUUGCCCUCGUAAAUUUAUUUGCCAAAUAUUUUUUUGUGUACGUUGUUUUUUUUUUUUGUUACCUUGUAAUUCAAGAUAUGGAGAUGCUGUCAGAGAGUUGGAUUACGGAGUAGGCCAGAUUUUGGGAGCAUUGAAGGCUUAUGGCGUGGCUGACAACACACUGGCAUUUUUUACCUCAGACAAUGGGGCAGCCACUUAUGCCAAGACAAAUGGUAAAUGCAACAUCCUUCAAAUUUUAUAAUUCAACAGCACAAAAUUUAAAGUGCCACUUUGCAUUUGAAAUAAAAAGUGUGAUAAUAAUUAUUAUUUCAGCUAAAUUGUCAUAUUUUAAAAUCUUAUUUUUAAUCUUACUCAUAAACCCCAGAAAAAUUUAGUGUAUAAUUUUGAAAGGAGAAAUUUACCAAAAUCUUAGUUUUUUAUGUUCCCCCUACUACUUAAAAUAGGUGGCAGUAAUGGGCCUUUUCUCUGUGGUAAAGAAACAACAUACGAAGGAGGGGUGCGUGAACCCACUAUCGCCUGGUGGCCAGGUAGAAUAUCUGGUGGUCAGGUAAAGAUAUGUUUGGUGCUGAUGUUCUUCCUCAGAUAACCGAUCUCACACCUGCAACUAUUACCAGCAUGUUUAACCCUUAUUUCACCUAGAUUCCACAUUUACGAUUGUCCUGGUUAAAAUUAAUUUAUUUUGACCAGUUGUCUUUCUCUGCUUGUACUGAAUUCAUGAACAUAAAUUGUAGAUAACAUGUUCAAGUUUUCUGAUAACUUUUUUUUCUGCUUCAUUCAAAUUCAUCAUGUUUUAAAUGAUUGCUUUUACAAUUUAAUUUUUUUUUAGGCAGAAAUAAACAUUGAUCCAACUAAAAAAAAUAUGUUGUCUGAUAAUGUUUAAGUUUAACUAAAAUAUUUCAGAAAUGUAUAUAAUCAUUUUAAAUGCUUAUUUUAUUAUUACUACCUUAGUAUCAUAUUCAUCUAAUUCUGGUUAGGUGGGAGUAAUGGGCCUUUCCUUUGUGGAAAGUUGACCACUUUUGAAGGUGGGUCACGUGAGCCUACCAUUGCCUGGUGGCCUAGUCAGAUAAGAAGUGGUCAGGUAAAGUUUGAAAAAAUCCUUUUUUCCCUCAAUUAAUUUUCAUUGUGGGGUGAAAACAUCAAUUUAAUUAGUCAGGAAUUUGAAUGGUGUUUUUGUCAGUUGCUUGGCCCUCCCAAGGAUGGCCAGCUGAGUCAGUUAUCUCGUGGACUUUUAUUCAAGGGUCCUCAAAUCAAUGCAGUAAUAAACAUAAAAAUUUGUUUUUCAGCUUGAUAGAUUAAGAGAAUUUUGACGUUUUGGUAUUUAAUAAUCUGUUUGAGAGCCUUGUAGAUGUUCCUGGAUACCUAUCUCGAUCUCUGAUGAGCACUGACUUGUUUGUGAAGCUCACAUAGAAAAGUAAUGGCAUAGCUAAAUAGACAAAAAAGGCAAAUUGCUUGGAUUAAAUCCAAGCCAGUAUAACUUAUGAAAUUGAGGUUGGAAUCACCUCAGAACCUUCAACAUCAUCAAAAGUUUGUCAAGUGAAAUCAAUUUAACAGCACCCAAUGUUCCUGAUAAAAUGGAUUGUUUUAGGCAUAGCUCUGUUGUUGUCAUUUAGUUUCUGCUCAGUUUCCCACAUAAUUACACGAGUGGAUAAAAAAUUUGAUUAUUUUAAAAUGUCAACUUUAAAAAAAUGUUCUAUUAACACCAGUAAAUACAUACAUAGUAAUACUACCCUUUAAAUAGUAGAUACUUACUUAGUAGAAGUAUAUUGUAGAUAGUAUGGAAUAUAAUGUGGCGGGGAAUGACCGUGAAAUAUUUGUCGUCAAUUUAUUUGUUGCUUAUAAAUUGAAUUUGCCAAAAUACUCUGCACCUAGCGGCUUCACCUUGUUAGCAUGUGUGAAAAUUUGAUUUUUUUUUUUUUUUAACAUGGAGGUUUUGGUGUAAAAGGUGUUUGACCAUACUUUUCAUGAAUCCUCUUAAGGUCAAGAGAUAUGACCAUUUCAUUUGGUCCGGUUUUCAUUUUUUCAACUUCCACAGGUUUAAUAAAUACUUACAUACAUAGUCACACUGCAUGGUAUAUGGUAGAUAUAUGCUGUAAUAUUGUGAGGUGAAUUGAUACAGAGGUGUCCUUUAGAAGUAUAUGCUAGUUCCCUAGACAGCAAAUUGCCUUUCUCCACACACCUAGAUAACCAGUGGGAACACCACAUAAGGAUGAUAUGGUUUUUUUCAUAGUGUGGCCACCACUCCGCCCCUAGUGACACCACUGGGUUGAUAUGCAUUUAGUAUUACUUUAUUAGAUUUAUGAUUAUUUUUUUAAAUUACGGAGGUUUGUAUUGAAAAUAAUUUUAACUUCAGUAAUCCUCGUGUUUAUUUGUUUCCCUUUACUUUUUAUUAUUUCCCUUAGCUUAACUUAUUUAAAACAAGAUUUAAUAGCUGGACUUUUUUCCUAAAAUUCUCAGCCAUUUCAAUGAAUAUUUAUAGUAUAGCAUAAAUGGAGGAAAAAGUGGUAUUCAAUAGUAUUUGAAAUUAGGGGGUGAAAUAAACUUGAAAAAAAAAAUAUAGUUAGAAAUCUAACCACAAGGGGGAUGGCCUUGGAGUAAAUUAUUUAAGUCCAUGUCUUUAUAAUAAUGAAUGAAUGACAAUGGGGCAGAUGAAGUUCAGGAGGUCCUGGCAUACUGACUGUCUCUUUGUCUGCUUUCCACGUCACAAUGCUUUGUUUAUCUUUUUUAACAAUUACUUUGCUAUCUGUAUAAUAUUAAAUUGAGCUUGUUUGAAAUACUUAAGUAAAGAAACACUUACUUAACUAACAUUUUUAUAAUAACAUAAUUUCAUUAUUUGCACUAUUUCUAGUCUUCAGAUUUUUCAAUUAAAAAAAGAUGAAUUGUUCUUCUUUGUGAAAAUAUCAUUGGGAGAUAAUAAUUUUUUUAUUUAAGACGGGUUACCAUCAAUGUUUAUACUGAUAGGUAUCUCACUGCUCCACAGGUAUCCUUUCAGACAGGAAGUUUGAUGGAUUUCUACAGCACUUUUCUCGACCUGGCUGGCAUCCCCCCACCAACUGAUCGACCCAUUGACGGCAUAAACCUGAGAUCUGCUUUGUUGGAUGGGAAGACAGUAGAUAGGUAAGCUUAGAGCAAGUUCUGAACCUUCAUCAUGUUGUGUAUUGAUGUCUUAGCGAUCAGGAUCUGGAAUCUAGAGAAUGUUAAAAAGUUAGAUUGUUUGUUCUUUGAUCAGCAGUGGUGCUACAGACUAUUACUAACUUAUAGAAGGACACCAAUGAUGACUUUUUUUUUUUUUAACCAUCACAAUGUGAUGAUGGUGUAGACUUCGUAGGACGAAAUCACAAAGCCUGGGAUUUAACUUUAGAAGUAUACGCUAGUUCCCUAUAUGGCAAAUCGCCUUUCUCCACACACCUGGAUAACCCAAGGGAACUCCACAUAUGGAUGAUAGGGAUAUUUUUCAUAGUGGCAGUGUUGUCCCCCUACGGGACUCCAUCUCCAGGGUUUUAAUCCUCAGUUUCCUUCCCUCAUAAAUGAGUUGCCAUCUAAGGUUAAUGGGUCCCAUCCACUCGGGGUGCUGAUGUUUUUGCUUGACUUAGGUGAGAAUUGAACUCCAGACCACAUCACAAGCUUGGGAUUGACUCAGUGUCAGCCACACCUAGCACCCACAGUAAGAAAAUAAAAGGAAUGUGCCUCAUACCAAAUCCCUUUGCUCAGUCAACAGUGCGACACAAUAGUCGAUAGAUUAGUAGCAUAAUCAAUGCCUUUUUUAACAUAUUAUCCAGGCCCAUAUUUUACUACAGAGGAGAUCUCCUAAUGGCUGCAAGAGUUGGUAAAUUCAAAGCUCACUUCUGGACCUGGUCAAACAGCUGGCAAGAGUACCAAAAUGUAAGACAUGUCUUUUUAAUGUGUUCUUUUGUACAGUGCUGUCAGCAUACUAGGCAUCACUCUUUAAAUGUCUUGUCAACAUGUUGCAGUAUGCAAUAAUGUUUGCACAGCAAAUUUUUUUCAUGUUUUUUUGUUUAAAAAUUUGUUGGGAAUAUACUAGAUGUGUCUAAGAGGGCUAGAAAUGGGCAUUUUCAGAAGAUAAAUCACAACUUGGAGAAGAAAAAAAAAACUAAAGGGCUUAAUGAUGACAAUUCAUAUUAUCAUCAGUGUUUUGGUUAUCUUUUUUAUGUUAAUGAUAACCAAUUUGAUUUUGAUUCACAAGAUUGAUAAUUUAAUUUUUCUAUUUCAUAUAAAAAAAUUUUUAAACUCGAUAAUUUUGUAUUGAUACUAUUUUCCAAUGUGCAACCCUGCGCCGGGUUUUAACAUGAACUGGUACUUCAUUAUUUAUUUAUUCAUAAUUCAUUAUGAAUUGAUUAUUUAUUUAUUCACCCUUUAUUAAUUCAUAAUCAAUUAAUUCAUCAUCUCAAGGGCACUGGGGUAGACUUCUGCCCAGGGCAAGAUGUUCUAGGAGUUACCACCCAUGAACAGGUCAACCGGACAUUAGAGCCUUUGCUUUUUGCCCUCGGCGCAGAUCCAGGGGAAAAAUAUGUCAUUAGGUUAGCACUGUGAUUUGAUUAUGUCGUCUUUUCGAAAGUGCCUAGUAUCAGCUUUAUCACAUAAUUAGACUGCGUAUUUGUUAGUCAACAGAUGCAGUUCAGUGGUUACCAAUUUUUAAACAUGAAAUGGGCUCACAAAAAUAUAUAUUUACAACAUUGUUGUUGCACCUACACUUGUGUUAAACUUUAAAUAAAGGCAUUCAAAAAAUUAAUACUGGGUUUGUAACCAUCAUGGAAGUUUCAUCUAACUUUUAACAAUGCAAAUCAUUAAGUAAGACAUUUUAUAAUCAGUUAUGUUAUUAUGAUGGUCUAGACCCAGCUCAGAGAAAUAUAGAAAACAUUAAGGCACCUUCUAAUCAGUGAUAUUAAUAUGAUGCUUUAGACCCAUUUCAGAGAGAUACAGAAUAAAUGAGGACACCUAAUCAGUGAUAUUAAUAUGACUUUAGACCCAUUCCAGAGAGAUAUAGAAAAAAUGAGGACACCUGAUCAGUGAUAUUAAUGUGAUGCUUUAGACCCAUUCCAGAGAGAUACAGAAAACAUUAAGACACCUUCUAAUCAGUGAUAUUAUUAUUAUGCUUUAGGCCAAGUUCAGAGAGAUACAGAAAACAGAUGCCUCUUAUCAUGGAAGCAGUAAAUGAACAUUUGGCAAACCUUGUACCUGGUGCCCCGCAACUUAACAUAUGUGAUGACUCUGUCAUGGUAGGUCAUUUUUUUAAAAAAAAUGUUAAGUCCUGAUAACUUGUAAAUAAAUUCAUGUUGGUAAAAGUGUAGAUGAUAUAUAUGGGUAUGUACGCACUGUUUUAAUUAGUUUUAAUUCUUUAAAACUUCUGAAUAUUAAUAUUGAGCCCGGGUUAAUAGAUGCCACAGUUUACUGGUUAGUCUUAAAUCCAUUACAUUGUUUGUUCCUGGAAAUUUCAGUUUUUGAACCUAUUUAAGCAAAUAUUUACAUAAUCAAUCUAGCAACUAGUAGUAGUAGCUAUAUUCCCAUAAAAUUUUUUUAAAGAAUGGAAUUAGGGUCAAAAUAUAGAAAUCAAAAAGUGCUGAACAUCAGCUAACAUUUAUCCACUACAAUAAAGUUUACAGCUGUAUAAAAAUGAAAUCAAGGCUCAUUUUUCUCAAUCUUCUUUCAUGGCUCAUGUGUAUACCCAUAUUUAAAAAAUUUUUAUGAGCUGUCCUGCUUCUAGUUUGUGAAUUUAAAUAUUAGCAAAAAACAUGAUUCUUAAUAAAUGCAGUGGACAUGUUUACAAAUGAAAAACUUACUGAAUGAUUUCAAUUUGCACAACAGGACGGUAUCGUCUUGUUUCAAACUGCUACUUUGAACCCAAUUUUUUUUUUUCAGAACUGGGCUCCGCAAGGGUGUGAGAAAUUGGGACGCUGUUUGCCUAUUCCAAAGUCCAACCCUUCAAAAUGUGACUGGCCUCACUAGACCAUCGUCUUGUUCCUGCAUCAAUGCAAAUGAGACACAUACAGGGUAUUAAGAAUAUUUUUAUGUGGGUUGAUAUUUGCAAUGGAAGACUUUGACUUCUCGUUUUUAUUGUAAAACAAGUUAACCAUGAGUUUUUAUUUUCUCUGUCAAGAAAUUAAAAUAUGCUUACCUGUACUGGUAUUUGCCUACCUGCAUUUGCCUUCUGGUAUUUGCCAACUUAUAUUUAUAGCACUAACUUUUUUGGUUACUGACAAACUUAAUAAAUAUGUACUGAAAAAUUCCUCAUUAUGGAUAUGUAUUAAUACUUCAUGGAUAUAUUUUCAUGCAUGAAUUUGUGCCAAAAAUUGUUAACAGAUUUUUGCUACAUCAGCAUUUUGUAUUUAUUUAAGUAUCCUGUAAAUAUGAGAAGUUUGUCAUUUUUUUCUCUACCCAUUUAUCACAUAUUUGUACAAUGCUCUAUUUUACACUACGCAUGGCCACCCAAUGUGGCAUGUGGAGGUAAGGGUGUUUUUUUUUUUUUUUUUAUAUGACCUUUUUGGACCAAUAUGUUUGGGGGACGCUCAUCUGAUUUUUAAUUUUUUUUAAACAUUUUUAAUUGAUAGUUUAAAUUUUUUAAAUUUUAUCACAUAUUUGUACAAUGCUCUAUUUUACACUACGCAUGGCCACCCAAUGUGGCAUGUGGAGGUAAGGGUGUUUUUUUUUUUUUUUUAUAUGACCUAUUUGGACCAAUAUGUUUGGAGGACGCUCAUCUGAUUUUUAAUAUUUGUUAAACAUUUUUAAUUGAUAGUUUAAAUUGUUUAAACUUAAGUCUAAGUCUAUUGGUUUUGAUAUUUCUUCUCCCUUUAGUUCUUGAACAUUUUAUAUUUACUGCUGGCUUGCCAUGCUUGGCAGCUUCAACUUCUAUCUGGGGAUUAAUUCAAUUUGAGGUGUCAACGUUCUUGCUGCUAACAUCUUUUACCAAGGAGAUACAGUGGGUGACCUGCCACAAUAUGUGAUGCCUGCUGAAGGUUAAUGUUGUGUCCUUAACAGUCGGUCCACAGACAUCUUCCUCUGGCCCUGAAACAGGAGCGCCUGUUAUUUUAGGCCUGCAUUGCAGGUUGGUUGACAUGCAUACUGACCAGAUGGCCAAACCAAUUAACUAGCAGUUGGCCCAUUUAUUGGCUGAAUGGUACGGCCCCAAACAUUUGUCUUAUUUCCUGGUCCAAUCUCGCUUUACCUUCAAGCAUCUCAAGACAAUAUCUAUGUCAGUUUAUUUUUACAUUCAUGAAGCAUUUGCGGAAGGAGAGUUUUUAAAAAUAUUUUCAAAUCAUGCAAACAACAUCACAACUGACUAAAGGAAAGUAUACCCAAGAUCCUAAUGCAUAGCAGACAAGAAACACCUCUCACUUUCUCAGCAGUUAAAAAAGGAAGGAACUGAUCCAUUUCAAUGACACUUUCUUCUCUGUUGUGCAUCAAUUACUUAAACUUUGUAAAAUACAAUGGCUGCUUAUCAAGUUUUUAUUAGUUUGUUGGCUUCAUAAAUUUUAAUAAACCAAAAUUUUCAAUAAAAUUAAAUUGUAAAUUAGACAGGGAAUAUAUUAUGUUAAUAUGCAUUAAUUACAUGACAAGAAUUCACACUUUUGAAUUUCACCUACCGUUGUAAUUGUAUUGAUGUAAGUGUAACCUAAAACACUGCAUUUUUUUUUUUUUUUAAUCAACUUAGAUUUUUUUAAAGAACAUUCCAUUUCUGAAUAUUUUUUUGUUAUGUGACCCAAUUGUUCAAUUGAAAAGAGAAAAAAACAAAUUGAGCUCACUGUCUUUCCAGUUUUCAUUUUAUCCUGCAAGAUCCCUUUAUUGACACUUAUUACAAUAAAAUAGCAUUGCUCGAAAUAAGAUGCCAAAGGAUAAGUUUAAAUUUCAUGAUUUUUUUCACAAUGGAAUAGCAAGAACGGAAAUCUGGGAAAAUUUUAAAAUUUAUUAAUGAAUGGUUCUCAUGCUGAGAUGUACCGAUUAAUAAAAAAUGACAUGUUUAAAAUUCAGUUCAAAAUUUGCAUUUAGCAUUAUUAGCUUACAUGAAUUUUAAUUUCAAACUAUUGAUUUCAUCUUUUUAAGGUCGUGUAUCAUGUAUAAUAAAAAAAAGUUGGUUGACAUUUAAGCCCACUUGAUGUCUUUCAAAAUUUGUUGGGUCCUUGAUUUAUCACAUUCCAAAAUUGUUUAACUACAAUAUCACUUGCAAAAUAAAUUUCUAGGUAAAAAAUUAAUUAAACCUUAUAUUCCAGUGAAGCAACUUUGUUACAAAAAAAUCCAAUAUACUAGUUACUUCACUUU